ACGGCCAGCCUCGGAGCAGGCUCUUCCUGCGGGUACCGAGGGUGGGCGAGGGGGUAUCAACUGAAAUGAGGUGAAACCAACUGCGGGGGCGGAGCCCUUUAAGGCGCACCACCGAGAGGCCCGCGACUUCGCUUCCUAGAACGGCGCCAGAAAGGGCGGGGCCAGCGGCGGGCCUUUCUGGCCUGCGCAGAGGCGCAGCUGUUCGAAAGAGAAGAUUCCCCCGUGAUCUUCGCCGGGCAGCUGGGGUGCGGCUGGCCUUGAUAAGGACGCGUCCGUUCCGGCCCAGGGACCCUGCGAGGAGCGCACCCGCCCCGAUCUCCAUACGGGAACUCGCUGGGUCCCUCUGGCGUCCUGUGGACCCCCUACCCAGGGCAUCAGCCACCGCUGUCUCGGCUCCCUGGUUCCGCGGGGUCGAGGGCGAGGUGCGCGAGGACCUGCUCCGUGCGAAUCGAGGUGAAGGAGACCUCGGCCCUGCACCCGCGGCUGGCGAGGCUGUCAGGGCCACUCUUCUCGGCUUCGACACUGCUGCGGGCCCUCUGACAGGCCCGGGGCCUACAGACAGCUUGGGUGCAUGUUUGCCCUUGGAUCUCAAACCCCCUAGUAAUCCCAUCUCUCACUGAGACCCUGGCUUCUGAGGGCGAGUGAGGUUACCAGGGAGUCCUGCUGCAGCUAGAUACCCAAAGUUUCAUGUUCCAGGCGGCCUGGCCCGGACAGUGAAGGAGCUACACUGGAGUGACAGAGCACGUACCUUUAGGUCAGGGCUGUGGUCUGCUCUGGCAAGGUAGAUUGCGUUUCCUGCGUGGCUGUAGCAGUUACCAGGCCUACAGAUCUGUGAAAUGAGAAGACCAAAACAAUGACCUCAGAUCGGUUCCACUUCUAACAAUUAUUGCUUGGUGUGCACAGGGCUUAGAGAAGUGAAUAGGUCCAGUCUCUGCCACUAAGCACUUGCUUGAGUUAGGCAGACAUGAUGAUUAUCUAGAAUAUUUUGGGAGCAGCAGUAUGUACAGUCUCCAACCAAGUAACUAGGGAUUCCGGGAUGAAAAAAACAGGAUCCUUGCCCUCAGCUCAUCAGGAGACUGCACAUCAGUGACAAGCCACAGGUAGAGUGACAAGAGGUCCUUGUGGGAGAACAGUCCUUGGAGCCCAGCCAGCAGAUGUCAGGCGCAGUGGGUCCAAGGACCACUCCUCUCCAUCGAGUGGGUCAGCAUAGAGCCAAGAUGAGUUUACAUUUGCCCUGUAGAGCCAUGGGCUAGAGGGUUGAUGGCACUUUCCUGUUGGUCUUGGUUUUCACCUGUUUCCUACUAAAACUAGACCUCAGCUCAAACUGCAGCCUGGCUGACUGGGGCUCUGAUCCUCCGCCCUAGUUCUACCUGCCUCCCCAGCAGAGAUGCCCCCAUAUUUGUAUGCUUCCCUCAGCCUAGAUAACCUUCUGCCAUCCUCAGUUCUGGCUCCCACCUAAUGCUAAGAACAGCCUUUUCCCAGAAGCUACCUCCAAGAGAGCCUUCAGAGAGUGACAUUGGCCUGAAUCUGAGUCAAGUGUAUGUACACAUUUUCAUUUAGAAGAAACCAGACUCUCAAAUUCUUGUCAAGAUGGGAAAACUGUCCAAGUCAUUUUAUGUGUUGCCUCUGUGCACGGGAGAGUGGAUGAAGACUUAGUAUCCACUUUGACUUAAAGGAAGUGCAAAGGAUUUAUCCCUCAAAACAUACUUCACUUGGAAUGUUACCUUCUAGAGCACCACAUUUUGGGGUGAGACAGCCUGGCAGAAUACGGCCCUCCCGGGAGAUCAGCCCCAGAAGGGUUGCUGGCACUCUUCUGUUCCAGAACUUCAGUUCCAAGCUUGGAAAAAUAAAGUCCUUUCUGAAGAAGUAAAUUUACAAGGGAAUUCGUAGGCGGGAGGAUUUUGCCCUUGACCAUUCUUGACCCUUGCCGGCUUCCAGGGGGCCUUCCUCUACCCUGAAAACAAGGAUGGAAAAGCCCACAGGCAAAAAAAAUAAGAGCCGGACCCCAGAGGCAGAAGUGCAUGUGCAGAAGGACACUGCCAAGGAAGAGAAGGCAUCUGGGAAAGAACAGCCAAACCAGAGCCCCACUUUGGCGCAAAAGCACAGGAAGGAAGCCCACCUCAGUCCUGAGAAUGAGGAGCACAUGUGUGAGGCCUUUGAUGCUUCAUUUAAAGGUGACUUUGAGGGAGUUCUGUUCACUCGCUUCCAGAGGAAGAAGCCCUAUGAACGCAGCGAAUGUGGGCGCAUCUUUAAGCACAAGACGGAUCACGUUCGUCACAGAGUCCACACUGGAGAGAAGCCCUUCCAAUGUGCCCAGUGCAGGAAGACUUUCAGACACAGCUCUGACGUGACCAAGCCCCGAAGGAGUCACACCAGAGAAAAGCCCUGUAAGUGUAGUGAGUGCGGCAAAGCCUUUAACUGCAGUUCCAAUCUCCUGAACCAGAAAACCCACACUGGAGAGAAGCCACAUGGAUGUAAGGAGUGUGGGAAGACCUUUACCUACAGCCCAUGUCUCAUUCGCCAUCAGAAACAUCACCCACGGAAGAAGCGCUGAGCGUGGGAAGCCACCCGCCAGACUCGGGGCUUUGUGCCCACACGAAUGUCCUGGCAGGCCUGCCUGGGGGUCCUCUCCCCUGGAGUCUGAGCGGGCUGGAGAGGGUCCUGCCCUCACCAGGAGACUCACCUGAACCAGGUCAGCAAACGCCCAAACCAUACAGAGAAUCUCCAGGUUGAGACACCAUAAUAACAAGCAUGCAAACUGCUGUCCACAGGGCAGGCUUGGGACCCGAGCACAGCCCAGCACCUCCCACUGCUGCCUCACCGGUGGCACCCAUGCUGGCCUCAGCCCUCCCACCGGCUCCUUUGAAGACUGGUCUGCAGACCCUUUGCCCACUGUGUCCCGAGUCCAUCUCCGUGCAGCCUGGCAGGAGGCCUGUGUCCCUGGGCUGGACAGCAGUGCUUCUGCAGUGAGCACCGGGGACCCCACUGUCCCCCCCACCUCGGCUGGCUGUGCCGGCAGUGAGGUGCUUUGUCCUGUGCCUUCCCUCCUCUGCUGGAGCACCAUUCCUUGAACUUGGCUCCCAUCCCCAGGAACUGGACUCCCUGUGUGUCCUCCCGGCUCAACCACCAUCCCAGCUGAGCAGCCUGGCUUACCAGGUGGACCACUCAGGACACUAAAUGCUGCCAGCAUGGGCACUUCCUGCCCUGGCCACGUCGGCUCCAGGAUCUUGAUGGCAGCUUGGAUCCAGCUUUUGCCUGCAUUGCAGCUUUUCAGACACAAGACAGAAGGCCAGCUCUCCGUUCAGGUGAGUUCCACUUCUCCAAGCCUGGCUCCCAGGUUCUGUCCCACAUCCUGCACAUCCAUGUGCGUGCCUGCCCUUGUCUGCCCCCCAGGAGUGGUCUGGCUGGGCCUUCAUGUUCUCCUGGGUGGGGGUGUGGCUUGCCCCAGAAUUUUAGCACAGUAUAAGAGGGAUGAGGGGCCAGAGGGAUGAGGGGCCUGUCAUCCAGGAAGUAAUACAGCUUUUUAUCAGUAAAAUGUUGACACCUACAUUUUCAGCUGUUUGGACCCAGAAAACUAAUAAUGACCCUGGUCUUAGGGCCUCCUCCAUCAGAAGACAGGAGAGAGUGCUCCCAGUGCAAACGUCUCUCCAGGUUAAGAGUGCUGUUCUUUCUAAAAGCUACAGCACUACAACAGCUCUGCCUGCACCAGGCACCUCCAUUCACAGCUCAGUGGGCCCUUCUCCUGUACCAGCAGCCCGGCCCCAGGUGUGGCCGGCCAUAACCUGGCACUGUGAUCCUGCUGGCACAGGCCCAGAACUGGAGAUGUGAUGAGGCAGAAUUGUUCAAACAGGUGCCGGGGGCCUGGCUUAGGGAAAACACACCUGGGAUCCUGGUGGGAAAGGUUGCUGUAAGGGAUGCUACUGGGACAUUUGGCAAACCUUGUGUCUAGACUGUCCACCAGUGGGGGAGGGGGGACAUCAACAUCCAAGCUCCCUGGUUUGAUGGCCUGCAGCCAUCUCAGACAAUGUCCUUGUCAUGAAUGUCCUUUAUUUUACCGAAGCAGGCGGUGGGCCAGAUUCGGCUGAUUCUAGAUGAAGGAUAUGUGAUAUGUCCUGGGGGUUUGGCUUGUUGUUUAUUAAUUGUGGUUUAUAAUAUCCCAUGAUGAGUAUAUUGUUACAAUAAAAAUAUUGUUGUAUAACACACAUUAAUACCAUAGAUGGAAAUGUAUCACAUGUACUGUAGAAAAAUUAUCACUCUCUGUGCUAGUGUGUCUCCCAUGUUAUUACCAAUAGGAAGCAUUUUUUGUGGCUACCUAAUGAUCCGUCCUAAAGGAGAUCAGUCCUGGGUGUUCAUUGGAAGGACUGAUGCUGAAGCUGAAACUCCAAUACUUUGGCCACCUCAUGCGAAGAGUUGACUCGUUGGAAAAGACCCUGAUGCUGGGAGGGAUUGGGGGCAGGAGGAGAAGGGGACGACAAAGGAUGAGAUGGCUGGAUGGCAUCACCGACUCGAUGGGCAUGAGCUUGAGUAAACUCCGGGAGUUUGUGAUGGAUGAGGAGGCCUGGCGUGCUGCGAUUCAUGGGGUCGCAAAGAGUCGGACACGACUGAGCAACUGAACUGCCUGAGUGACUGAAUGAUCUGUUAAAUAAAAAGCCGACUUAACCAUU